AUGGCAGCAACUCAGCUUCCCGCGAGUGCCGUGGCAUCAAAGCUCCCAUCAGGACAGGAGAACCGCGAGUAUGAGAAGAUCUUAAGAAUAAGUGAGGACAUCUUUUCUGGGACUCACCCUAGAUUGAAGGUUCCGCAGCAAUUUGUUCGCAAGGCCGUGUCUCGCAAUCCGCCUGUGUCGUUGACGCCUCAGAACAAGGCGGACGAACAGGCCGUUUUGCCUCCUAAAGGCCCAUCGCGAUCUGCCGCUCCUGUCUCGAAGCCCACUAGCUCGCACAGUUCGGUUACGGCCAAUGGGCCCUCGAGCACGACAGCCUCGGCGCGUAUCCUCCCUAAGCCUGCCUCCGAGAUUGAUCCGAUCUUCCUCGAGAAGUCGGACGACUUGGUCCGGGCAGAACUGCAGUUGCAGAGACAAAGGGUUGAAAGAGAGCUACGGGAACAGCUUGAGCUGAAAAGGCAGGAGUCAAAACAAAAGGUUUCCAUACAGGAUGCGACACCUGAUUUUGACGUCUCUGAUGUUCUAGCAAGAGCAUUUGAGUUGGUUAAACCGUCUCCGUCUCUUGAGGGCCCUGGCCCUGCGGCGCCCAGCGAUUCGUUUGAUGAGAAUUCCUUUUACUCGAGCAGAGCGCCUGACUCACCCCAGCAUGGUGACCGCUACCACAAGCGAUCCUCGGCCUCUUCUUCCAACCCCGAGGAACAAGGCGCGGAAGCCACUCAAGGGAGAUACUCAGAUGAGUUGCAACGGCUCGAAGCCCUCAACCGUCCUGACUCGGAUCAGUCAAUGCAAGAUACUUACUCCAUUGCAGACCACCGGACUUCUCAUAAUAGGCAACCGCAUCGUCCUGAAGAUACCUCAGCAUACCGAGCCCAGCCCGUUCGCCAGCAGGUCGAUCCUAUAGAAGAGCCCGAAUACUCCCCUCCAGCUCCUGGUGUUGCCCCUAUGGAAAGAGUGGAAGUGGAAAGUUACGAACCACAGAGGGGAUAUCCGCAAGGACCGAGACGUCGGGCACUCGACCGAGAAGACCGCUAUGCUCGACGAUCGGAGUCCCCGCCGCAUCGUGUACGGGUAAUACGGAAUCAUAUUACGUCCCCUGCGGCCCCUCAACCGUCCAGGGUCUCCCCUCUUGCCAUUGCCAAAGCUCCCUCGGUCAACCAGCACCAUGCUUCACGCCCAGAGUACGAACCAGAACGGCACGGUAGCCCCGAGGUUGUCGCCACUCAGCCUGUGAUCUCUAGGAAGCGUAGACGAUUGCAAGACGACAAGGACCGCGGGUACAGACAGGGUGUCGGUUCAGUGAAACCGUUCAUCAAGGAAGAGCCAGUUUCGCCCCCUCCCUUUGCAGAUACACCACCCAUGUACCGUGCACGCGCUCCUCAGGAAGGGCCCGUCUAUAUUGAUGUUUCUUCUCCACGAUAUACUCCAGUGGUGGAAAGAAGGGAACCUCAGCCUCCUCUGAGGACUUCAGCAUAUGAAUUAGAACCGUAUGAUGAAACUCAUGGUGAUUCAGGCAUACAGCGCACAGUGUCACGGCUUAGUACACGGCGGCCAAUGCGAGACGACCAAGAUUUACGGAGAGUCGCAAGUUUGCACCAGGCUCGGAAACCCGAAUACGUCCGCGAGUAUAUGGACCAGGGCAGUCCCCACCCAUCUCGUGGGCCUUAUACAAUUGUUGAACGUCUGCCACCAGAGAACACCCGGUAUUAUGAGGAACCUGGAGCGCCUCCGCCGAGGCGUUUCGCCUCGCCGCUCCCACCGCAGAUGGCCGAAACGUACUAUAAUGAUUAUGUUGUGGCGCCGCCUCCGCGGCGCAUUGUUAUCGAUGAGCAUGGGAAUGAGUAUUACGAAGCUUUACCCGCACCGAGGGUGCAAGCUAUGCCUCCCCCAUCCAGCCGGAUACCUCGGUCUGAUGUCUACGAGGGGCCUCCCCAGAUUCGUCAGGCUAGCAUGCGGGCAACGUCUGUCGUGGAAGAUCCGUACGGUGGUCGAAGGUAUGUGCAAGAAGUGCCCUCUCAGGGAGCUUAUCGACGGGUCACCGACUAUGCUCGGCCUACUCCGAGUGAACGGCGCCCUUAUCCUGCUCCAUUCGGUGUGCAAGAACCAUAUCCGCGUAGCAGCAGUGUGCAGGUCCACGACUAUGCAGGCCGACAAGGCCACUAUGUGGAAGAAAUGGAGCUGCCGCGAGAGAGGAUUGUGCGAGUUCCGAGUGUGCGGCCACCGACGACGACGAGAUAUCAGGAGCCGCGCGAAGUGAUUCAACGGGUGGAGAGCGUCCAUCCUGGCGGUCGUGAUAUGAGCGUAUACAUGGAUGAGGAGACGCGGCAUCCCAGAGAGUACAUUGAGCGACCGCCUGUAUAUGUAGCUACGCGGCCUGUGGCCCGCGAGGAGCGGUACUAUGACAAUGGGGAGCCAGAUCGAAUCGUGCAGCUUGACGGGCCGAGGGAUGGGGCCCACAGGGCUCCUCAGCGCUACUGA